AUGUUGCGGUGUGCGUCAUGGAUCAGGACAUUCAAGGCAGGAUGCACCUCCAGGUUCGCGCAAGGUGGUCGCUACUUGGUGUUGUCAGCUCACCACUUCAAUGACUUAUUGUAUGAUGUACCUGCGACCACUGGCACAGAAGCAUUCAGAGACAACCCGCUCAAAGGUCUACAGCCGGCAGAGCGCGGCAUGGUUCUUGCAAAGCUAGCACGCCGAAUUGAUGUUGAUAUACAUCCAACUUCGAAGUUCGAGGACCCUGCUGCUAGCAAAUGCACUGACGGAUCCCAGCGCGGAGCUCACCGGAGCGAGUACGAUUGGCGCCGUGAUGGCUUGCGGAUUGAGUGCAAGUCUUCCCAGAUGCAGUGGCUUCCUUCUCUAAGGUCGUGGCAAUUUGUCUUCGGUGCUGUUAAAUUCGCACACCAGGCUGGCAGGGAGGUAGCUGCGUUCGACGAGUUAGUCCUUGUCUUACUUGAUCCACACAAUUUGCAUUUUUACGUUCACGAUGGAGCCUUGGGUGUUUCUACUGUAGGUCUGGAAAGAACACGUGCAGCUGGACACCAAAUUGUAAUCAGAGGGCCGCGUGGUGAGGAGGACUGGAAGAAGGCCUCCGUGAAGAUUUUGCGAAAGUUGGACUGCGGUUCCAACAGCUGUCGCCGCGUGGCAAUGAUGGAAUGCACAGACCCCCGCGUCUCCAAAGUAUUGGAGUCAAGUGUUUCGAGCCUCAGGAAAGACAUCUACGCGGACAGCCCGCUGAGCGUGGUGUCAUCUGCGGCGCGCGGUCUUCGAAUCGAGUCGCUGGUUCGUAGGGUGGAUGCCAUUUUGCACGGCGGGUCGGUCAUCACAGACCCUGAUGCGUGUUCAGAUCGCACUAACCGAGCGCGGUACGAUUGGAAGCGCAAUGAUCGCCGUAUUGAGUGCAAGAGCUCCAGCUUGCUAUGGGAUCGCAGUGGCGAGCGCUGGAAACUUGCAUUCGCUGGAAUCAAACUGGCUGAAUGCAGUGACGGUGGGAAGGCGUGUUUCGACGAAUUGUUCAUCAGCGUGUAUACGCCGAAGGGAGUCUAUGUCUAUCGUCACGACCUUGUCUUAGGCAUGUCAAGGCUUGGUCAGAACACGAAGUGGCGUGGAUAUCAAGUCCAACUAUACGCCCCCUCAAAGCUGUUCGAGUGGCAGGCAGCUCUCGACGUGCUCCUCUUGAAGCUUGAAGAUUCAGGGUGCCAGCGGAUAGCCUGGAUUCGGUGGUAG